AACUAAGUUAAAAGAACUAAAAAUCUCUCGCAACACACCCUAAACUAUUUUGUAAUUCAAAAUCAAUUUAGAAUUAAUUUGUAAAAAUUCCAAACUGAUCUUCCAAAAAAUGUUAUUUUUAAGUAAUCAAUCGAGUAUUAAGAUUAGUUUUGGUUUAAAUCUUUUAAAAAAUCAAGCCAUGCCUUUCUUUUUACAGGUUCUUUAAUUCCAUGGACUUGCACAACCCUCUCUGAGCAUGCAUGUUAGCCUAUCCCUUAAAAAUAGACGCGCAAGUAAUUCUGUAAAUAUAAAGUUAGGAAGUGCCUUAUCCCGAGCAACAAUUGAGGUUGAUAUGUCAGAAAUUUCACUAAAACCCGUGCAUGUUAUUUUGCUUCAUUAAUAUUAAGAGUUCUUUAGUUUUAGGUUUCAGUUAUGGCUUCCAACCAAGAAGUAACAGUGCCUUGCAGAUAUUGGGUGGACAAUGAACGAAAGCGUGUAGUUAUGGCGGAAGCAAGUGGACACUUUGUAGAUGUUCUCUUUAGUUUCCUAACCCUUCCAUUGGGAACUAUCAUCCGGCUUGGGAACACAUUGGGGCAACCAAUAGAGAUUGGUUGCAUUAACAAUCUAUUCAAGAGUGUGGAAGCUCUGAACCCAGAUGUUUUCUGGAACGACAUCUGCAAACGAAUGCUGCUUUCUCCGCGCAACCCGUUAGAAUUCUCUUACCAGAGACUAAAACUGAAGGUGGAUGAUACGCAGCCCACAAAGUAUUUCGUGUGUCACAUCUGUUCAAAGGGCAGUGAUUUCUCGCUGAGUACUUUUGAUGAGGUAAAGUGCCACUGUGGGAACUUGAUGAAAAGACAACUAGAUAUGCUGGUAGAGCCUGCUGGUGGCAAUGGUGUUUUUGUUAAAGGGGAUGCCAUGUUCUUGAUCUUUGAUGACUUGACAGUGCUCCGUAGCUCUCCCAGUGUCUCCUUUAAACCACCACUCCAACUUGGACACAAAGAAUUCAGAAAGGUGGAAGAAAAGUCUCUAGAUGUUGACACAAAUAAGGCAUUUAGCAUACUAAAGCAAGCAUUAACCUCCAAAUCUGCUCUAAGUGUCACAUUGGAAAACGGAAAAUCUGAGCCAUCGUCCUCUUUCUUACCAGAUAUUGGCCCAAGUCAACGGAAAGAUUACAUAAAAAUCAAGGUAAUAGUGAGCAAAUCACAGAACAAGAUUCUGUUUGUCGAAGCAGAUGGAGAUUUUGUUGAUUUUCUAGUCAGUUUCCUUACAAUGCCACUUGGAUCUAUUAUGUACCUUGUGAAUGGCAAAUUAUCAUUGGGAAGCAUUGAUAAGUUGUACACAAGUGUGAAGAAUCUUGAUCCAUCAUGGUUCAUAGCGUCGUCAAACAAAUCCUUACUGAAUCCAAAGGUUGCUCCUCAUUUUGGUUGUGGGAGCAAUCCACUAAAUGCUUCAGAAGAAGACACUGCCAAGUAUUGGUAUGGAACUGGCAUAGUGAAGGAUAAUAGGGGACGUAUCAUCUAUGAAAAGAAUAUGAUUUCAAAGAACAAACAUAUGCUAAAAGAUCCAAAAGAUAUCAAACUUUUGGACCCAAGAUCCUCUAGAGCAAGAAAAUCUGAUGUGGGAUUUAUGAAGAGGCCAUGUCUUUUUGUUGUUAGCGAUAAUCUGGAAGUGAAAGCAAUGACGACUUCUUCAAGCAUUCCAUGUCCAUUUAUGGAGAAUGACCGGUUGUUGGAUGAUUUGGAGGAACAUUUGGUGAAAAUCAGGAAGUCACAGGCACUAAAGAUAUUGAUGGCUUCUUUGACAUCCAACAAAGCUGCUUUCACAAGGAGCCUAUCCCACUUAUUGUGGAAUUGGAAAUGCCAUAGAUGCAUUCCAUGUUGGGGGUUACUGGGAAGGAUGAAAAUAAGUCACAGAAAGAAAAAAGAAAUGGAAGAUAAAGAAAGUGAGGAAGAGAUAUAAUAAUAAUAUGAUGGGAAAGAAACAAAGGAAAGACAAGACAAUGAAGUAGAAAGGUGAUGGAAAAGAAAAUAGGUAGAUGUUAACUGCCUGAACAAGCCAAAGGAAGAAAAUAAAGCCUAAACUUUAUGGGUGUUAAUAACUGAUUAGGGGCAGUGUAGAGCAAUCCUGCCAUAUUUUGGUGUGUGAAAUUGUAAUGUUUAAGGGAAUUGGAUGGUUAUGUAGCUGUAUUUAAUUCUUUUGUUCUAUGAAGUGAUUAGAAUGUUGGUCCACAACUCUACAACUGCUAUUCGGCUCUGAGAAAUUGACCUCCGAAAGAUCUUUAGUAUUCAUCUCUUAGUGAUAUGAUCAGCACAUCCUGUCUGAAAAAUGUAUACAUCUAUAUAGCUAGGUAAGGAGAGUUCGAGUUUUUUUGUUUUUUGUUUCUUGUAGUCAGGGGAUUUGAAGUUAUUCUAUUAUAGUCGUUGAUCGAAAUUCUUGAUAUCUGUAAUUAAAUAAAAUUAAGAUUUUUUAAUUA